CGUAUAAAUUACAAAUAAUCAAUUCCGAAAGCUAACAACUUGGUUAAUGUGUGUGUAGUGUGUGUAUAUAUAACAGACUGUAAAUGUGGCGAGCAUUACCACACAGAUCAACAAUGCCGGAGCUAGGGUUUCAACAUCACAGCAACUCGGCGAGCUCGGGACUCAGUGGAGCUCGCGAUGUGAGUCCUGACUCGGUCAUUUUCAGUGCCGAGUCAAGUUUCUUCUCCUCCGCUUCUUGUAGCGUUGAACGCUGCUCGUUCGCUUCCGAAUCGUCUCAGCAGCAUCUGGCUGUACAUGAAUGUGGCGAGAGUUCGUCUAGUGGUCCAGAUUUACAUCCAAAUGAAUCUACGGUUAAUAAGAAUAGUCUCAAGUCCAGAGAAGUCGAUAAAAGUAAAGUUGAAAGAAAAGACACAAAGGUAGAAACCGAUGAUGAAAAUCAAGUACUAGAUUCAGCACGAAGCUCCUUCUCUCAAGCACUAAAAGACUGUCAAGUUCGAAGGUCCAAAUUUGAGGCUUUGUUAAAGAAAUCAGACAGGCGAACACCUACUUCGCUGGAUCUGAACAAUACCUUGACAAAUGUCACAAGCUCUUCCCCGCGAAUCGGAGUCAUUAAAAAAAGUCCUGCUGUGACCCGACCAACUGGUACACUUCCUAGUCCCGGGGCACCCAAUUUUAGUCAGACAAGCACUGUAAUGCAGAAAGGAUGGAGUUCAGAACGUGUAGCUUUGCCUACAAGCACGAACAGGAGACACGUUAAUAAUGUCUUGCUGCCAUAUAAUAAUGUAAGGACAUUGCCUUCCAAAUGGGAAGAUGCUGAGAGGUGGAUCUUUAGUCCAGUUUCAGGAGAUAGCUCAUCACGGCCUUCGUUUACGCAGCCACAUAGACGGCCCAAAGCAAAGAGUGGACCUUUGGGUCCUCCUAGAACUGCAUACUACUCAAUGUACUCUCCAGCUGUGCACAUGUUUGAUGGAGGGAUAGUUGAAAAUUUUAUGGUGGCUUCUCCAUUCACACCUGGAGUGAUUGCUGCCGAUAGUUUGUCGGUUCAACGUGACAUAGGGUAUAGAGGGAAUGAAACCUUCUAUGAUCGUAUGGAACCCUGUAUAGGAAGAUCAGUCAGUCUACAUGGUUGCUCCGGAACACUAUGUCAAUCACCAUUGCGAAGCUCUGACGAUAGGAAACAUGACACUGCUGAAGAUGAGGGCAAGAACAUUUCAGGGGAUGUUUCAAAAAGGGAUAUGGCAACUCAGAUGAGCCCCGAGAAAAGUCCACACUCAUCUCUCAAAGAAAGGCACUCUUUUGCUUCGUCAACUAGCGGUGUGUUACCCAUUGUGGAGUGGCAGGAUUCCCAUUUCCCUAAACACGUCAGGGAUGUGCAGGUUGAUGAAAGAGUCACCAUGAGUCAGUGGUGCAAGAACAGUAAAUUUCACACUACUGGAGAAGGCUCAGGACAUUGUGAUGACUGGAAAAAGAAAGCUUUAGAAAUCCAGUCCACAAAUUGGGAAGUUUCAGAUACUGCAAGCAACAAUUCCAUUAGUAAGAGAGAGGAAGCCAGAAUUGCUGCCUGGGAGAACCUGCAGAAGGCAAAAGCGGAGGCAGCAAUACGGAAACUGGAGAUGAAACUAGAAAAGAAGAGAUCAUCAUCUAUGGAGAAGAUUAUGAAAAAGUUCAAAGCAGCUGAGAAGAAAGCCCGGAAAAUGAGGAGCUCUGAUGUAGUCAGUUCAGCCCAGCAAGCUUCCACAACUUCCCAUAAGCUUAUAUCUUUCCGCAGGACUCGCCAGAUUAGUUCUUUAAGUGGCUGCUUCACCUGCCAUGCACUAUAGCAUUUAGGGCAUCAUCCAUCUUUCCGUGCUUAAUGCCAUUAACGGAGCUGCGGUGUCGUGCAUUUGUGGAUGAAGUGUGCGACUUUCUCUAUAGGGCAUCAGAUCAGCUAAUAAUCAGCAUUCAGCAUAAUGCAUUGGUCAGUGGUAAUUCCAUAUGUGGAUUCAGCAAUGUCUAGGAGCCAAGUUAUCAAGUCCUUUCAAUAUUUUUGUUGAUUGAGCAGCACACUUAUUUCAAAUGUUUAUCAAUCUCUGGCUUUUCAGUGCACUAGUAAGACACGAGAAAACAUCUGUCAUUUCGUGAAUGAACAGUUCUUCCGAAAAGAUAGUUGUUUUCUAGUUUUGGUUCUAGACUUCUAAGAGUUCUAGUAAUCUUUGGAUGUAUGUAUGUAUGUUUGCGUUUCUUCUUAACAGUGAUUAAACUUCGUUCCGGUAAAUACCAUGCUGGGGGAUUGUGGUGUUGCAUUAUAAA